UAGUCGUAUUUGUGCCAUAAUGAAGUUAAUAUUAAGUUUAUUAGCUAUAUUUUAUAUCAAUUCGUGUUUAUGUUUUCCAACUUAUUUCCGGCAUAGUUUUGUGAAACCUUUAACGGAAAGUGAAUUAAAGCGUUUGAAGGAAUGGACAGAAGAUGAUCAGCAAAAUAUUUGGGAAAUCAGUGGACAAUUUGAAGGUGAUAUUAUUUUGUCACCAGAUCAACCAUUAAAUGGUCUACUGAGUGAAGCCAAAAGAUGGCCAAAUAAAACUAUUCCAUAUGAAUUCGACGAUAACGGAUCAUUUAGUGAAGAACAAAAAAACUUUAUUAAUGAGACGUUAAAACAAUACGCUAAGUUAACUUGCAUUACAGCGAGGCCUAAAGAACCGUCAGAUCGGGACUAUGUUUAUAUAACGGCUAGGCAAGCAGGUUGCUAUUCAGAGGUAGGGAGACAAGGUGGUCCUCAACAAAUCAAUUUACAGCCAGAUGAACCUGGGUCUGGAUGUUUGAGAGGUGGUACAAUUCUACAUGAAUUCUUACAUGCUUUGGGCUUUUAUCAUCAACAAAGCUCAUUUGAACGAGAUCUUUAUGUAAAUAUUGUAUGGGAUAACGUUCAAGAAGGCAAAGAGCAUAACUUUGAGAAAUAUGGUCGAGAUACAAUUACUAAUUUUGAUGUAACUUACGAUUAUGGUAGUGUAUUGCAUUAUGGUCCAUAUGCUUUUUCAAAAAAUGGCAAAAAGACUAUUAAAGUUUUGAGACCAUUCGCUUCAAUUGGCCAAAGAAAAGGAUUUAGCGAAGAAGACGUUUUAAAACUAAAUCGAAUGUAUGGAUGUGAUCCAGAUUAUAGCCAAGAAAAUUAAUUAUCAUAAUGUGAAUUGAGUCUAUUCAAAAGAAAUAAAGAAUGAUUUUAAUGUGAGCAGUAA